AUGGGUCACCUGAUGAGGAUGAAAGACAGACAGGCGGCCACAGACACCAUGUUCUCCCCUCUCAAGGAAACCAUCCAGUUCCUCAAAGACUUUGGAGAGGAGUUGCCUGACGAGGUCCACGCUCAGCUACAGGUAAGCGACACACAGAUCUGACUCCAGGUAAAAGUGGCACCUUACUACAGAUCUAGGAUCACUAGAGAUAUUGUUUAAUAGCUCUCUCAGCAAGGGCAGAACCUCUUUACCGCAUGGGUUUCCAUUGCUUAAUAACAAAACAAGGAGCUGAUCUUUAUUUAGCCUUUAAACAUGAAACAAUGUGUCUUGGUUUAGGAUCUUCCAGAGCACUGGAAUAACGUGAAAAAGACGUCCCUCCAAGUCAAACAGAACUUGGCUCCACUGCAAGCACAUGAAGUUAACAUCGUCCGAAGGAAAUGCCAGCAAUUUGAGGUACUUUUUAACACAUACAGUGAGGGAAAAAAGUAUUUGAUCCCCUGCUGAUUUUGUACGUUUUCCCACUGACAAAGACAUGAUCAGUCUAUAAUUUUAAUGGUAGGUUUAUUUGAACAGUGAGAGACAGAAUAACAACAAAAAAAAACAGAAAAACGCAUGUGAAAAAUGUUAUAAAUUGAUUAGCAUUUUAAUGAGGGAAAUAAGUAUUUGACCCCUCUGCAAAACAUGACUUAGUACUUGGUGGCAAAACCCUUGUUGGCAAUCACAGAGGUCAGACGUUUCUUGUAGUUGGCCACCAGGUUUGCACACAUCUCAGGAGGGAUUUUGUCCCACUCCUCUUUGCAGAUCUUCUCCAAGUCAUUAAGGUUUCGAGGCUGACGUUUGGCAACUCAAACCUUCAGCUCCCUCCACAGAUUUUCUAUGGGAUUAAGGUCUGGAGACUGGCUAGGCCACUCCAGGACCUUAAUGUGCUUCUUCUUGAGCCACUCCUUUGUUGCCUUGGCCGUGUGUUUUGGGUCAUUGUCAUGCUGUAAUACCCAUCCACAACCUAUUUUCAAUGCCCUGGCUGAGGGAAGGAGGUUCUCACCCAAGAUUUGACGGUACAUGGCCCCGUCCAUCGUCCCUUUGAUGCGGUGAAGUUGUCCUGUCCCCUUAGCAGAAAAACACCCCCAAAGCAUAAUGUUUCCACCUUCAUGUUUGACAGUGGGGAUGGUGUUCUUGGGGUCAUAGGCAGCAUUCCUCCUCCCAAAGAACUCGAUUUUGGUCUCAUCUGACCACAACACUUUCACCCAGUUCUCCUUUGAAUCAUUCAGAUGUUCAUUGGCAAACUUCAGACGGGCCUGUAUAUGUGCUUUCUUGGGCAGGGGGACCUUGCGGGCGCUGCAGGAUUUCAGUCCUUCAUGGCGUAGUGUGUUACCAAUUGUUUUCUUGGUGACUAUGGUCCCAGCUGCCUUGAGAUCAUUGACAAGAUCCUCCUGUGUAGUUCUGGGCUGAUUCCUCACCGUUCUCAUGAUCAUUGCAACUCCACGAGGUGAGAUCUUGCAUGGAGCCCCAGGCCGAGGGAGAUUGACAGUUCUUUUGUGUUUCUUCCAUUUGCGAAUAAUCGCACCAACUGUUGUCACCUUCUCACCAAGCUGCUUGCCGGUCUUGUAGCCCAUUCCAGCAUUGUGUAGGUCUACAAUCUUGUCCCUGACAUCCUUGGAGAGCUCUUUGGUCUUGGCCAUGGUGGAGAGUUUGGAAUCUGAUUGAUUGAUUGCCUCUGUGGACAGGUGUCUUUUAUACAGGUAACAAACUGAGAUUAGGAGCACUCCCUUUAAGAGUGUGCUCCUAAUCUCAGCUCGUUACCUGUAUGAAAGACACCUAGGAGCCAGAAAUCUUUCUGAUUGAGAGGGGGUCAAAUACUUAUUUCCCUCAUUAAAAUGCAAAUCAAUUUAUAACAAUUUUGACAUGCAUUUUUCUGGAUUUUUUUGUUGUUAUUCUGUCUCUCACUGUUCAAAUAAACCUACCAUUAAAAUUAUAGACUGAUCAUUUCUUUGUCAGUGGGCAAACGUACAAAAUCAGCAGGGGAUCAAAUAUUUUUUCCCCUCACUGUAGGUAUAUGUAGCUACAUCUAUGUAAAUCACAUAGAGACGACAGACAAGGAGAGAGAUACUGUAUGGGCAUGGUGUGAAGCUUUGUGUCCUUGCAUAUCCCCACAGAUCAAACAGUAUGAGUUUAGAGAGAAGUUCAGACAGCAGCCCUUCUUCCAAUUCUCUUUUGAAGACCCACACGGGGCUCUCGAUGAUGUGAGUAGUUCAAAAUCUUUUGUGGAUCUAAUUUCAACUCUGUGUUGAGUAUAAACUCUAAACCUUCCAAUCCGGUGUGAAACCACAGAUUCAGAUGGACAUCAUGGGCUUGGAGGAAGAGAUGGAGGGCCUGUCUGACUCAGCCGGUCUGUUUGAGGUGAAUGUUCCCGACUACAAACAGCUCAAAACCUGCCGCAAGGAGAUCGUCCUGCUUAAAGAACUCUGGGACAUGAUCCUGCUGGUAAGACGCCACAGCUCAAAGGCAUACUGGUGUUUUGAAAAAAAGCAUAACAUUAUGUGGAGAAAAAUCUGGAUGCAUGCAAUAGUGUCACUCUGUUUGAUAGAUAUUUGCGAUUCAUCUUGUAUGGAGCUUUCUCUACUCUGGUCUUAUGCUGGCCUGUGUCAAUGGUUAGAUAAUCAGUGAGACUGAUUCAAUAGAUUGACAGACAGUGAGUGACAGUGUGCUGGUUGUGGCUGCAGGUGCGCGGGAACAUGGAUGACUGGAAGACCACCCUGUGGAAGGACAUCAACGUGGAGGGGAUGGAUAUGGACACCAAGAAGUACGCCAAGGACAUCAAGGGGCUGGACAAGGAGAUGAGGGCCUGGGACACCUUUACCGGAUUGGACAGCAUGGUGAAGAACAUGAUGACAUCACUGCGCGCCGUGGGAGACCUGCAGAACUCGGCCAUCAGGGACCGCCACUGGCUGCAGCUCAUGAUGGCCACCAAGGUACAAGUCAGCUUCAGUCAACGGCACCAAUGGCUGUGUCCCAAAUGGCACCCUAUUCCUUUAUAGGACUAAAUAGGGAGUAGGAUGCCAUUUGGGAUGCACCAAUGACUUUGGAAAAUACUUCUCUACAUUUCCUUAUGCAUUCGGGACUGAUGAUGUGUCAUAAGGAGCUGAUACCUUAUCCAAGAGCCAAGAGCUAGGUUAUAAAGCUUUUACUGAACCUGUAAUCCAUGUCCACCCCAAGGUGAAGUUUGAUAUGUCUGAGAAGACCACCUUUGAGGACCUGCUGAAGCUCAACCUGCACCAGUUUGAGGACGAGGUGCGCAGCAUCGUGGACAAGGCCGUCAAGGAGUCUGGCAUGGAGAAGGUGAGGACACAUAUAGAAACUGUAGUGGUUAGGCUAGUGAUUAUAGGCUAGUGGUUAGUGAUUAUUGUGAACAGGCCUUUUAGUCUCUCUCCCCCUGCUAACCCCUGCCCUGUGGUCUCCUCCCUUCCCCUCAGACUCUGGCCGAGCUGGACAGCACGUGGAGCUCCAUGGUCUUUGAACACGAGCCUCACGGCCGGACAGGCACCAUGCUGCUCAAACCCAACGAGGAGCUGGUGGAGACUCUGGAGGACAACCAGGUACACAACACACAACACACACCCACAACCACAUCAAACAGGAUUAGAUAGGCAGUCACCACACUCAUUUCAUGCAGUACCAGUAGUGUACUGUAGAGUGUCAUUUGAGAUCUGUCCAUUGAGUUCCAUUCACUGGGACUUCCAUCAUUUGGCUCCCUGUGCAGAUGUACUUCCUGAUGACUAUGGAGAUGUAUGACAUCAGUGACUAACCCCUGUUCUUCUUCUCUGGUGACCUCAGGUGCAGCUGCAGACUCUGAUGACUUCCAAGUACAUCGCUCACUUCCUGGAGGAGGUGUCUGGCUGGCAGCAUAGGCUGUCCACUGCAGACUCCGUCAUCUCCAUCUGGUUCACCGUGCAGCGCACCUGGACCCAUCUGGAGAGCAUCUUCAUUGGCUCCGAGGACAUCCGCUGCCAACUGCCCGAAGACUCCAAACGCUUUGACGGCAUCGACACGGACUUCAAGGAAAUCAUGGCUGAGGCAGUGAAGGUUACCAACGUGGUGGAGUCCACCAAUAAGAAAGGGCUUCUGGAGAAACUGGAGGGUUUGGAGACAGGGUAAAACAACGGCUUAGAACAGAUAUAGCUACAUUAUAUAAGAUUCCAAUGUUGCCCUGGUUUGAUCAUGCCAAUCAUUGACUCUAAUGGUUAUCUCCCUGUGUGUUGCCCCUCAGACUGGCUAUGUGUGAGAAGGCUCUGGCUGAGUACCUGGAGACCAAGCGUCUGGCCUUCCCCAGGUUCUACUUUGUCUCCUCUGCUGACCUGCUGGACAUCCUGUCCAAUGGAAACGACCCUGUGGAGGUACGCUUCCAGGCAGCCAGUACAUCUACAGAGCACAGCAACGGACCACAUAUUAUCCCAUAUCUCCAGUGUGUGACUGCCUGUGUUCACAUCUGCAGGUCAGCAAGCACCUGUCCAAGCUGUUUGAUAGCCUGUCCAACCUCAAGUUCCAGCUGGACGAGAGUGGCAAGCCCAUCAAGGUGGCCCUGGGAAUGUGGAGUGAAGAGAUUGAGUAUGUCUCCUUUGACAAGGACUGUGACUGCUCAGGACAGGUGUGGAAACAAUCAUAUACUACUGUAUAACUAAGUGUGUAACUCUUACAUUAGGGCUCUGCAUACUGCAGUCAAUGCUAUGCAAUAUUUUUUAGAUGUUCCUUCUGUGUUUGUGUGCAGGUGGAGAUGUGGCUGAACCGUGUGCUGGAGAGGAUGUGUGCCACUCUGAGAGUGGAGUUUGGAGAGGCUGUCCAGGCCUACGAGGAGAAACCCAGAGAACAGUGGCUGUUUGACUACCCAGCCCAGGUCUGUACUCUCACUUAUCUCUUGCUUAAACAUGAUUUUAGAAAUGUUUGCACACUUAUUGAAAAUAAAAUACAGAAAUAUCUCAUUUACAUAAGUAUUCACACCCCUGAGUCAAUACUUUGUAGUAGUACCUUUGGCAGAAAUUACAGCUGUGAGCCUUUCUGGGUAAGUCUCUAAGAACUUUCCACACCUGGAUUGUGCAACAUUUGCCCAUUAUUAUUUUCUAAAUUAUUUAAUCUCUGUCAAAUUGGAUGUUGAUCAUUGCUAGACAACCAUUUUCAGGUUUUGCCAUAGAUUUUCAAGUAGAUGUAAGUCAAAACUGUAACUUGGCCACACUGUCUUCUUGGUAAGCAACUCCAGUGUAGAUUUGGCCUUGUGUUUUAGGUUAUUGUCCUGCUGAAAGGUGAAUUCAUCUCCCAGUGUCCGGUUGAAAACAGACUGAACCAGGUUUUCCUCUAGGAUUUUGCCUCCUUUCCAUUUAUUUUUUAUCCUGACAAACUCCGCAGUCCUUAACGAGUAGAAGCAUACCCAUAACAUGAUGCAACCACCACUAUGCUUGAAAAUAUGGAGAGUGGCCUCUCUUAAAUAUGGCGUUUACCUCUCUUGCACCGUUGCUUCCUCUUUCGAGUCCCAGGGAUUAGGGCUUGGUCCGGAGUGAGCAGAAUGUCCAGAGCUGUCGACACGUAGAAAUUAUCAUCCAAAUCGAGUUUCGUGAUCGCUGUUCUGAUGUUCCUAUGACCGACUGUUUUCAAAUGAUGGAGAAGACACGUACAACAAAAGUUAAGAUCAGUGUAAAAAUCACACAACUUAGGAGCCCAUAAAAUGGCUGUUAUCCACUGCAGCGCCAUCUUGAUUUGCGUGCACAUAACUAAAAUCAUCACGGAAAUUUGAGUUACGAGUGCAUAUCUCAACCUGUGUUGUGUUGUGUUCCAGAUUGCCCUGGCCACCACUCAAAUCUGGUGGACCACAGAGGUGGGCAUAGCAUUCGCCAGGCUGGAAGAGGGCUAUGAGAAUGCACUCAAGGACUACUUCAAGAAACAGGUGACCCAGCUGAACACUCUGAUCACGCUGCUGAUUGGAGAGCUGUCCAGAGGAGACCGUCAGAAGAUCAUGACCAUCUGUACCAUCGACGUCCACGCUCGAGACGUAGUCUCCAAACUCAUCAGCACCAAG